AUGUCCUUCAUUUCGUCUCGUGCACGAGCUCUGCGUCAGCGAUUUGGAUCUUCACAGCCGUCUCUCACGGACAACUGGGACACCGGAUGCAAUCAGGAGUACAUCGACGAUGAUCCACGAGUUCCAUCGCCCGAUAUCGGUGGAUCAAUGCUGUCACUACUAAACGAACCAGAGGCUACAUGGCAAGAAGGAGAGGAAAAAUCACCGGUUUUCCGAGCACAACGGUCAAAAUCUCUCGACUCUCUCACUGCUAUUUCAGUUGCUCCAUUAAGUCCUCCUGCUAACUUACAACUACGUUCAGAGGUAUUUGCAGCCACUUCACCUUCAUCAAAAAUACCACGUCCGCAGCCACCAAAACUCAUGGAACCAUCUGUUCCAGCUUUCUCUGGACCUUUAAUCCAUGAUUUCCCCGAGUCGCUGUCUCCAGGUUCCAUUAUCCCAAGAAUUCCCGGGCCUCCUCCAUCACCUCAAAAAUCACCAUCGACACUUUCAGCUCCAACUACUCCUCGAUAUGGUGAACCGUACUCUCCAUUAACACCGAAAUUUCCUGAAGCCCCAGUUAUUCCAAAAAUACCUGGUCCUCCUCCAUCUCCUAAAGUUUCCAGACCGUCGACUCCUAAAGCAAAAGAACCACCUUCCCCAAAAUUUUCUGAAGCUUCUAUAAUUCCAAAGAUUCCAGGCCCACCUGUUUCACCCAAACACUCCCGUCCGACUACUCCAAAACAGAACGAAGGGAUACUGGUGGACACUUCUAAACCUUCAGUACUGCAGCUGUCACAGAGUCAUUCUCGCCCAGCAUCACCACUCUUGAACGAGUUGUCUACGAAAGAAAUAACAAAGAGUCCAAAAUUAAGAGAUCCACCAGCUUCACCGAGAUCACCACAAAGAAGCGUGAAAAAGCCACCGGAUGAAUCAGUGCCAAUUGAUGAAGAACUUAACAUAGCCAUUCCGCCUACAGUAGCUGAGCAUCCGCAGCCACCAAAUCAGCUGUCUGUCGUAUGUGACAUAUAUGAGUCACCCAAGAGUUCUCCAGUUCGUAAGCCUUCAGUGAAACGACCACUCCAGCGGUGUUUGACUCUUCCGACAAAAGAGCGCGAUGACUCAGAGUCGCUCCUAGCAACAAUGCCAGAAAAAAUUGUAGAAGAUCCUGGUAAGAUACCAGAAAGUGAGUCCUUCGACCAAGAGGAGAACAGAGACACAGUUGCUGAUGGUUGUCUGCCAACACGACCGACCCUGUUCGACCUGCGACCGCGACCGAAGUUAAAGACCCAAUGGUCGAUGGACGACAGCCGGUCAAACAGAGUACCUGCAGGCGUCCCCUCAAUGAAGCCAGCGGAGAAGCGCAGGCGAUUUUUCAUGCGUAAGCAGACCAACUCUGCUCCUGACUCUUUCGAGGGUCCCGGCCAUCUCAGUAUUAAACCGAAAGAGCAUCACUCAGUCAGCUUCUGUUUGGGCAGCGUGAGGAAGUGUAGAGGAUCUGACAGCUCCAUACAGCCGCCUACACUUCCAACAAUAAGUAAGUACGCUUUACAGUCUCUAUCCGAUAUUAAUACUGCGUUUGUCCAGUGA